AUGCCUUCUCCCACAAAAAUUCAUCCCACAACUUUGGUUACUAAUAUUAAAAUUAGUGUGUCAAUCCAACUUGAUGAAGAAGGCACCAACUUUCAUACUUGGGUUACUUUAUUCAAACUUCAUUGUCGGGCUCAUCUUGUGGAUGGUCACAUUCUUCCAGAUGACUCAUCUAAAGCAUCGGCUUCUAAAGAUUCCGAAUGGCAACGACUUGAUGACAUCGUUCGCACAUGGAUUUAUGGUUCUAUUAGUCCAUCCCUUCUCCAAUCCAUUGUUGGUUCCGAUGAUUGUGCUUUUGAUGGUUGGACUCGUCUUGAGAACAAUUUUCAAAAUAAUAAAACCUCCCGGAUUCUCCAUCUUGAGUCUCAAUUUAAUGAAAUUUCUCUUUUGAAUUUCCCCAAUGUCAAAGCCUAUUGCAACAAACUUGAAACUAUUGCUACUUCUCUUACUAAUCUUGGUGCUUCUAUCUCCGAUAAUCGAUUGGCUCUUCAAGUUCUUCAUGGUUUAAAUUCGGAUUAUAAAACCUUUUGGUCUUUGGUUCAACACAUGACUCCAAUUCCCUCUUUUGAUACUCUUCGUUCUAUGUUGGAAUUAGAAGAGCGUUCUAAUCAUAAAUACUCUUCUACCGCUUAA